CAACGAGGAUAGCCAGCCUCACGCUCCAUGGCCAAAAUUCUUCGAGGACGCUUCGAAUCGGCGGGAGCCAAUCUAAAGGCCAAGACGAAGCGUUCAGGAUGGGUAUUGCCCAAGGAAGAAACGUCCUUUGCGGACAAAGACAGCUGGUCCAAUAUCGACUCCGAUGUGACGCCCGUUGAGCGCCGGACAUGGACUUCUCUCACCAUCUUCGGAUUCUGGAUGUCAGAUGCCAUGAACGCUCAAGGUUGGAUGUCUCCCGCUGCGAUCAUCGCCCUCGGCUUGACGUGGAGAGAGGCCAUUUACUGCAUCAUCCUGGGUCUUUCCAUCACCGCCAUUCCCUUGGUCCUGAACGGAGCCAUAGGCGCGCAUUUACAUGUUCCAUUCCCCAUUGCUGCACGGUCGAGCUUCGGAUUCACCUUUGCCAGAUUUGCCGUCGUUACAAGAAUGAUCACAGCUCUGUUUUGGCACGCCAUUCAAACUUAUACCGGCUCGACAGCAUUGACGCAAAUGAUUCGAGCCAUCUUUCCCUCCUACCUCGACAUUCCCAACCACUUGCCCGAAUCCGCCGGCAUUACGACGCAGCAACUCCUGAGCCACUUCUUAUUCUGGUCCAUCCAAUUUCCCUUCCUCCUUAUUCCUCCCCACAAGCUCAAGUGGUUCUUUAUCUUCAAGGUCGUCGUCACCGUCACCGUCAGUGUGGCAGUCGUUAUCGCCAUGACCUCGAAAGCCGGCGGCACAGGCGACAUCUGGGACCAAGAAUAUCGCGUCUCGGGCUCCGAAAGAAAUUGGAUGAUUCUCGCGUCCAUGAUGUCUCAAUCCAGCGGCUGGGCGACCAUGGCCACCAACGUGCCCGAUUUCACGCGAUAUCUCAAACACUCUCGCGGAGUAUACUGGCAAGGGUUUUUCCUCCCCUUCAUCAGUUUGAUGCUGGGUCUGGCUGGCAUCAUAUCGUGCUCGGCGUCGAAUGUGGUCUAUGGCGAGUAUAUCUGGGAUCCUCUGGUGCUGGCUUCGAAAUGGCAUGGCCCUUCGGGACGAUGUGGUGCGUUCUUUGUGGGCUUUUGCUGGGUGGUGGCUCAAAUCGGAACCAACUUGUCUGCAAAUGUCAUUUCUUACGCCAACGACAUGGUCAACCUCUUCCCCAAAUACAUCUCCAUCCGCCGCGGCGUCAUCUUCGCCACCAUCACCGCCGGCUGGAUCAUGGUACCCUGGAAAAUCGUCCACUCCGCCUCUUCCCUCCUGACCUUCAUGGCCGGCUUAGCGAUUUUCCUCGCUCCCAUUUCCGCCAUCACAGCCACCGAUUACUGGUUCGUGAAAAAGCGCCACAUUGACGUUCCCAGCCUAUAUCGCAAACGCGCUCGCUACCACUACUGGAAAGGCGCGAAUUGGCGAGCCGCCGUGGCAUUCCUCAUCAGUGUGUGUCCCAACGUUCCCGGAUUGGCGAAUGCGGUGAAUCCGGAUGUGAGCAUUGGAACGGGGAUAAGGCAUUUGUACAAUAUGAAUUAUCUGUGGGGAUUGUUCUCGGCGGCGAUUGUCUAUUGGUCAUUGUCGCACUUUUUCCCUGCGAGCGAGACGUUAUUGCAAGAGUCGAUUUUGGAUGAUCGUGGGGAUGUCACCCCCAGCGGCGGCGAUGGGGAGUAUGAAACUUAUAUUUCUUCGGCUGGUUCGGGGAAGGAUGAGGUAGAGAUUUCGGUGGAGGGGAAGAAGAGGGAUUUUGAGGCUGUAUAAGUGUGUGAUGUGUCGAGAGAGAAAGAGAGAGAAAGAAAGAUAAUAGCGAUUCACGACAGGGCAGCAUU